GGGCUGCAGUGGCUCUGCAGCUCCUUCAGCGAAGAACAAAUUGCUCACAGUUCUUUAAAGCUGUGAACUUGGAGCAAUGAAGCUGUUGGUGUCUCUCCUGUUGAUCACUCUGGUGCUUUGCUGCUACGAAGCUGAUGCAGUGGCAUGUCCAGCCUUUUUAGCUGAAAGUGCACAAAAUUUACUGGCUCCCGAAGCUGUCUUCAGGUUGUCGCUUCAGAAAUACAAUGUACCUCCGGAGGCUGUGGAGGCAAAGCUGCAAGUUAAGAGAUGCACAGAUAAGAUGGACCUUUCCAAAAGACUACUAUUUGGAGAAGUGCUGACACAAAUUACUGCCCGGAAUUGUGUGCUACCAGGUGUGAACAUCUGACCUUGAUUUCCAUGGUCUGUCCAGGAUACCCGAAUCUUAUGGCCACAUGUUAAAGUUUCAAUGUCUUGCUUUAAUAAAUUAUUUUCCCUGCA